AUGGUUGCUCUCCGCCUUAUCGUAGCGAUUACCGCCAUUCGUGUCGCGUGCGACGCAUCGCUGCUGACGAGCAAGGCCCCGGAGGAUGACCUUGCCCAGGAGAUGACGCACGACCUGGAGAUGAAUUUCAACAAGAUCGCCCCCUUCGGCAAGGAGGACACCGCCAAGGAGCUCCAGGACCACGCCGCAAAGACGCAGGACACCCUCGUCGACGCCGUCGAGAACGCGGAGGUCGCGGAGAUCAAGCGUGCCGUGUUCCGGGCGUUGACACGCCUUCGGGCGGCGACAAUCAAGGAGUUCGACACCAUCGCUCGACUCGAGACGCAGGCCAUCGACGCCUACAACGACGCGCACCACUACCGCGCCGAGAACCCGCUGGCGCACCUCCACGAGGACGAGGCGCCCGUGGAGACCGACAAGCUCAAGUCCUUCCACUGA